AUGACUGACACAAGAGCUAUCAUCUCAACUGGUUCUCCACUAGAAACAAUUGGAAGUUCCCUUCUGACAAUCUUUAUUGCUGAAAUUGGUGACAGAACCUUCUUUAUAAUCGCAGUUUUAGCUAUGACUUACUCAAGAUCUGCUAUCUUCCUAGGAAAUCAAUUGACUAUGACCUUCAUUGCUGUAAUUGCAGCAUUUAUCGGAGGAGCGGUUAUUUAUUUGAUCGAUCCUUUCUGGGUUGCAAUUGCUUCAAGUGUAAUGUUUUUGGUAUAUGCAAUUUUGUCAUUUUAUGAAGCAUAUGCUGGAGAAAGCGAAAAAAUUGAAGGAGAUAACCAGGAACCCUUAAUAUCAUAUCCAACUUGGUUUAAAACUUUUUGGAAAACUGCUGCAAUGGUAUUUUUUGCUGAAUGGGGUGAUAAGUCCAACACAAGCAUAAUGGCACUAGCCGCGCUAUCAAAUCCUAUUUUUGUUGCCAUUGGAGCAAUUAUGGGUUUUGCAAUAAUUGGAUUUUUGGCAGUAAUUCUGGGGAAAGUUAUUGGAAAACAUAUACCUGAAAAGAUCGUGAAAAUAGCAGCAGGGGCGUUAUACCUCGUGUUUGCUGCUUUAACACUGGCACUUUUAUUCAUAUAA